AUGUCCGGUGUCUUGCACAAAGCCGAGGAUGCCCUCCACAUCCACCACCACGAAAAAAACAAGCCUACCGAGCACGGAGAACAUACUCAACAGCCCUUGAAUGUCCAAGCCGACAAGCACGCCCAUGGACACCAUCAUGAUGAACGUCAACAUCUGAGCCAGGAUGAGAGGGAUAGAGCUGAUUUCAACGCGGCGAGACAUUAUGAUCAUGCUUUGAAGAAUAGCCAUGGUCCAGGUGUUGGGUUUGAAGAGUAA